AUGGAGGACACUAUUUAAGAAUCCGCUUAUUUACUCAGCAUCGCAUAUCUACUAUUAGGAUUAAUAUUUAUUUUGCUGGCAUUAUAUAGUAUAAUUUGUCUUUGGAAAGCUUGGAAAUGUCGGUAAUUUUUUCCAAAGAUCUUUUAUUUGUUUAUUUUAGCAAUUUGUUGUGACUAAGCAACAUAUUAGCUUUUAUAUUUAUAUGAAGUAUUUAGAACUUAUUUAAAAGGUCAUCACAGCAAUAAAGCAAGAAAAAGAUGAGAACUCAUAAUCAGAGUCAUUCCGAAUAAUUUUUUUUCAAACAAUUUAUGUUCCAGAUGCAAUUUUUUUUGUGAUUUAUUUUUCAUUAUUUUGGCAAUUCUUGAUAAUGAUGCAUCAUGGUAGAAUAAGAACUGGAAGUAUUUCAGUUGGUAUAAAAAUUUAUUAAAAUUAGGUAAAAGAAACUGGAAUCCUGAGCAAGCAAAUUCAAAAGUUCGUAUAAUAUUAUAUUUAUAUAUAAUUGGUUAAGGAAUUGUUAUUUGGUAAUUUUUGGCUUAAGAACUAUCACCUAAAGCUAUAAUGUUUUGUGAUAUAGCUGUUAAUGCUUCUGUACCGAUAAUUGUAGUAACUAUGGUUUUGUACUUAAAUAUUAAAUUUUCUGGAUCACCUUUUGUUUCUAAUCGUUAUGAAAGAAGUAAUAAUAAAAUACAAUAACUGUUAUGGAUUUGGAUUUUGUUAAGAAUUCCUUAAUUAGUUGUUAAUGUAGUUGUUGUUAUUUAUAAUGAUGAUUUAAUAGCAUUGAUGAGUGGAAAAUUAAAAGUAACUUUUAUUGAAUAAUUAUUAUUAAUUUUGUUUAUAGUUGGAGAUAUUAUUAUUGUUUAAAUUAUUCCUGUUUUGAUGGCAAUGUCUAAUAGUUUUUUAAGAGCAUUAUUAGUUGAUUACUCUAAAAUUAAUUAACUUUUUAGUGUGGAAAAUUUAUCAGGGGAAUCAAAUGUUUCAUAAAUAGAACAAGGGAAAAUCUCUCUUUAAAAUAAUUUUAGAGAUAUUUCUGUCUUUAAUGGAUUAUAAUUAAGUGACUUACAAAUUAAAGAGCGAUAAUAAUAAUUAUUUAGGAAAAAUAAUGGCUUAGGUGAAAUAAAAAUUGCUACAAUAAAAAACAAUACUAAAAAAUACACAAUUAGAGUUAUUUAAUUUAAAGAAUUGAGUUCAUUUUUAAUAGAUGAAACAAAACAAGAAAUAGCUUAAAUUAAUUAAAUCAAAAAAGGUUAUAAAAUCCUUUGGUUUGAUUUUAGUGAAUGUAAUAUGUACCUUUUAUCAAAAUUCUACUCGAAUUCAAAUUUAAAUAAUUUUAUUCAUUAAAAUACUAGCACUGGUAAUAAUGUACAAUUCUAAGAUAUCACAAUUUCUUAUACAAAUAAAUAAAUAUUGAUGAGACUUAAUAUAGCUACAGAUUUAAUUAAAGCAAUUUAGAAUUUACAUGAUUAAAAUAUUAUUCAUGGACAUCUAAAUUCUAAUAAUGUUUUAUUUUCUACUAAAUUCAAAAUUAAAAUUGUAGAUUAUGGACUAAGAGCUAUUAAAAAAUAUGCUAGUUUAGUAAAUGGAUAUUCUAAUAAGAAUGGAUUUACAGCACCUGAAUGUUUGAAUGAUAAAGGAAAUGUAGUUUCUCAAUCAGCCAUAAAAGAAUCAGAUAUUUAUUCAUAUGGAAUGAUACUCUAUCAAUUAUUUACUGAAACAAUACCAUUUUAUGUAAUUAUCUAAUUUAAAAUAGAACAUACCUCAAAAAGAUAUUGUUCAACUAGUUAAGGAAUAAUAAUCAAGACCAAAAAUACCUGAAUCUCUUAAUUCAAAUAUUGCGACUUUAAUAAGAUGUUGUUGGUAAUAAGAUUCUCUUAAAAGACCUAAUAUCAAUUAGAUUCUAACGACCUUGAAAUAAAUAUAAGCAAACUUAGAAUGA